UUUUGCGAAGCGAAGAUAUCGAGGCGACGGCGUCGUUUGCAUUUAGCGAGCGGCAAAGUGAUUUUUUGGUUCCCAUGCGAAUAUUGGUCAGAAUUAAUCCUCGAGUAAUAUGAAGAAAGCCAAGCCUCUGCUCCACGACCAUCUGAUAACGAUUCGAGUGAAGAAGUACCUCGAGGAGCACAUCGGUGAGACCUACCUGGAUGUGAAGCAGAUGACCAGGGAGUUGAUGCAAAAGUACCCGGAGUACUCGCGACGAAAAUUUGGACCCUUCAGGCAGUUGGUACAUCAAGCAUUUUCCAUCAUCUCCGAUAGCUACAACUUGGACAAGCUAAGCAGCUCCGAAACCGAUUGCAUCAGCGAGGAAUUCGAGGCGCCACCCACCAACAGUGUGAUGAACAACAUGAUGAACAGCCUGUACAGCCAGCCAAGGAAGCCGCUGGCUGCCAAGCCCAUCAGCGAACCCAUCGAUAUAUCCAGUGGGGACGACAACGACGAUGACUCCAAUACCAACACCACCAACGGAGAUGGGCACCCAGCUCCUGCUCCACCGGCAGUUCAGCCGAAUGCCCUGAAACGCCUAAUGGAAGAUCUGCCGGAGACAACGGCGGCCCCCAAGAAAAUUCAACCAGGUGUCGGUCAUAGGGGUAAAAGUCAUCACUCCGAGGAUCGCAAGGAUCAUCGCAAUUUGUAUCAGCAGCUGCAUCCAAACCAAAACCAAAACCGUGAUCGCCAGCGGAAGUUCAAAAAGGAGCUGGAAGUGCACCAUCCCACGGAGAGUUUCCGUGACAUUGGCGGCAUGGAUACCACUCUGAAGGAGCUGUGCGAGAUGCUCAUCCAUAUCAAGUCGCCGGAGUUCUAUUUUCACUUGGGACUGCUGCCCUCAAGGGGUCUUUUGCUGCACGGUCCGCCAGGAUGUGGCAAAACCUUCCUAGCCCGUGCCAUAAGUGGGCAACUUAAAAUGCCACUGCUGGAAGUGCCGGCCACCGAGCUGAUUGGUGGCAUCUCCGGCGAGUCCGAGGAGCGCAUUCGCGAGGUCUUCGAGCAGGCCAUGAGCUACUCGCCUUGCGUGCUCUUCAUCGACGAAAUCGACGCCAUCGGUGGCAACCGCCAGUGGGCCUCGAAGGAUAUGGAGCGUCGCAUUGUGUCGCAGCUGAUCAGCAGCUUAGAUAACCUAAAGAUCAACGAAUUUGGUCAGUCCGUGGUGGUCAUUGGGGCCACCACGCGUCCCGAUGUUCUGGAUCCCGGCCUACGUCGCAUUGGACGCUUCGAUCAUGAGAUCGCCAUACACAUACCGUCGCGCAAGGAGCGCCGUGAGAUCCUGCGCAUUCAGUGCGAGGGAUUGACCAUUGAUCCGAAGCUUAACUACGAUAAGAUUGCCGAACUAACACCUGGUUAUGUGGGCGCUGAUCUGAUGGCCUUGGUCGGGCGCGCAGCUUCCGUGGCGGUGAAGCGUAGGUCCAUGAAGAAGUUCCGUGAACUGCACGCUGCCAGCGAGAAGAACAUGACCACGGUUACUUUGGACGACGAUGAGCCCGUCGAGGAGUCAGGCGACAAGGCUGAACAAGAAACUACUGAGGCUGAGCCAAAAGAUGAAAAAGAAGCUGAAGAAGUAGCUGAAAAAGAGGCAGUGGCUGAAACCGAAGCCGAGAUAGAAGAUGCGGAUGGUGACAAGGAAAAAACCGAUGAUAAUGUACAAGCAGGGGGCGACACAGCCAGCACUGAAUCCCCCAAGAAAGCCACCAAUGGCAAAUCACCGGGGAAACCAGAGGAGGCAGCCAUGGAGGUGGACGAAGAGCCAGCUAAAGAGCCUGAAAAGACCGUUGAGCAGGAAGUAGACUCAUCCAAUGACGAAUACUACGAGCCCACGCUGGCCGAGCUGACCAAUUUUCUGGACAAUCCUCCUGAGGAGUUCGCUGAUCCGAAUUUCUGCCUCACUCUCAUCGAUUUCGUGGACGCCAUUAAGGUAAUGCAACCUUCGGCCAAGCGCGAGGGCUUCAUCACUGUGCCGGACACCACCUGGGAUGAUAUUGGGGCACUCCAGAAAAUUCGCGAAGAACUUAAGCUGGCUGUCCUGGCGCCUGUUAAGUAUCCAGAGAUGCUGGAACGCCUGGGAUUGAAUGCUCCUUCGGGAGUUCUGCUUUGCGGUCCGCCAGGUUGCGGCAAAACUCUUCUGGCCAAGGCUAUUGCCAAUGAGGCUGGCAUCAAUUUUAUAUCCGUCAAGGGCCCCGAGCUAAUGAAUAUGUAUGUUGGCGAAAGCGAGCGCGCUGUGCGUGCCUGCUUCCAACGUGCCCGUAACUCGGCACCCUGCGUUAUCUUCUUCGACGAGUUCGACUCCUUGUGUCCCAAACGCUCGGAUGGGGGCGAUGGAAAUAAUUCAGGCACCCGUAUAGUCAACCAAUUGCUGACCGAAAUGGAUGGCGUCGAGGAGCGCAAGGGUGUUUACAUCCUGGCGGCGACCAACAGGCCGGAUAUUAUUGAUCCGGCCAUUCUGCGUCCCGGUCGCUUGGACACCAUUCUGUACGUUGGCUUCCCCGAGCAGGGUGAACGUGCCGAGAUCCUAAAGGCCACCACAAAGAACGGCAAGCGUCCUGUGCUGGCAGAGGAUGUAAGCCUCGACGAGCUUGCUGCCCAAACUGAGGGUUACACUGGCGCAGAUUUGGCAGGACUAGUUAAGCAGGCCUCUAUGUUCUCUCUGCGUCAAGCUCUAAACGAUGGCGAAUCAAAACUAGACGAUCUGUGCGUACGCAGUCAGCAUUUCAAAGAGGCUCUACAGCAGUUGCGCCCCUCAGUUAGCGAACAGGAUCGCAAAAUCUACGAUAAACUGCGCUUGAAGUACGCUGCACCUAGGGUACCCACCUUCGAUGAUAAGUAACACUCUCAACAAUGAUGGAUUUGUUGUACUAGUCGAUAAGAACACGCGCGAAUCAAAUAGAUUGUGAAUUGCGAGGAUUAACAUAUGAUUUUCAAUACAAAACCGUAAUGUUACCCAAACACUA